CAAAAUGCAACAAUUUGACCGGUGAACAGCAUUUCAGAGCGCUACUUACCCAUUUCCAUACAAAAUUUCUUUUUCCGUUGUUCCACUCAAAGUAUAACUGGGAAAGCUUUAAGGAUAUAUAUUUUUUUUUUUUUCAGAAAAUGAUUAUUAAAUUCUAAUUCAAUUUGGUCAAAUAAUUGAGUGAGAUAAGAUAGCUGGUAAUCACAUCCUCCAAUAAAAUUCCAUUGUGACGUACCCAAAAUCACCGGUCCGUGACUCCAUCAGUCCUCUCUACUAGAUAGGAUUUAAUAUCCACAAUUCCACAUAACAAAAGCCGCGCUUUCAACCUCCACUCUUCUUUUCAAAAACACUAACGCCACAUUCUACUCUUCAGUCUUCUGUUCUCAACAGAAUUUUCCAAAAUUUUCCCGAUUUACCCCCAAUCACAAUGUUAAAUUACUCUCAGGCUCACAUUUGCCACUGCUUGAGCCGCCUUGCUACUCUCAAGCGGAAUUCCGUCGUCACCGUCUCCGGUAACCGCCGUAAAACCGGUGAGCAGUUCGUUCAUGGCGUGUUGACCUUGGCGCGUGGACUGCUUCAACUCGGCCUCCGCUCCGGUGACAUUGUCGCUGUCUCCGCUUUUAACAGUGACUUGUAUUUACAGUGGUUGCUUGCUGUUGCAUUCAUUGGAUGCAUAGUUGCUCCUUUAAAUUAUCGAUGGAGUUUCAAAGAAGCAAGGUCAGCGAUGACAACUAUAAGGCCAGUAAUGUUGGUUACUGAUGAGAGUUGUAACUAUUGGUACUCAGAACUGCAGAGUAAUGCCAUACCUUCUUUGAAGUGGCAUGUGUCUUUGGGCUCCCUAUUGUCGGGUUUUAGGAGAAUAUGGAGCAUAUUAACUACUGAUAUGAUUAGGGAGCACUGUCUAACAUCUCCACCACUGAAUUAUUCCUGGGCACCUGAGGGAACUGUUAUAAUAUGCUUCACUUCGGGAACCACUGGAAGGCCGAAGGGAGUUACAAUAAGCCAUUCAGCUUUAGUUGUACAAUCUCUUGCAAAAAUUGCCAUCAUUGGCUACAGUGAGGAUGAUGUUUACUUGCAUACUGCUCCAUUGUGCCACAUUGGUGGUUUGUCCUCAGCCAUGGCCAUGCUAAUGGUAGGAGGUUGCCAUGUGUUGUUUCCCAAGUUUGAAGCUACGUCGGCGGUUGAAGCCAUAGAACAACACUCUGUGACUUCUCUAAUCACUGUCCCCACGAUAAUGGCAGAUUUGAUCACCCUAAUUAGGAAGAAGGAAACUUGGAAGGGAAAGGACAAUGUGAAGAAGAUACUAAAUGGAGGGAUGACAGAGACAUGCUCUUCGCUAACCUUCACGACCAUCUAUGACCCUACAAUUGAAACCCCCAGCCAGCUACUGGAGACAUCCUGUAAAACACAUUGCAAUUCCGUUCACCAACCACAAGGUGUUUGUGUUGGCAAGCCUGCACCACAUAUUGAAUUAAAGAUAUGCAUUGAUGGCUCAUCUAAUUUCGGAAGAAUUUUGACAAGAGGUCCACAUGUAAUGCAAAGAUAUUGGGAUCAUGAUCCAGAAAAGUCAUCAGACUCGGAUGAUGAGGCUUGGCUUGACACUGGUGACAUUGGACACAUCGAUAACUGUGGUAAUGUAUGGCUAAUUGGACGAAGAAGUGGUCGUAUCAAGAGUGGAGGGGAGAAUAUUUAUCCUGAAGAGAUAGAGACAAUCCUAUUACGACAUCAAGGAGUUAUUGCAGUCCUUGUCGUGGGAAUCCCAGAUACCCGCCUGACAGAGAUGGUGGUUGCAUGUGUCAAAUUAAGAGAAAAUCGGCAAUGGUCUGAUAAAAAAAGUGAGCAACCUGCUGAAAAUAAGCAGCUAUAUUUAUCCAGUGAAGUUCUCAGACAACAUUGCCUAGAAAAUAAUUUAACCGGGUUUAAAAUACCAAAAGUAUUUGUCAUAUGGAGUAAGCCAUUUCCACUCACCACAACUGGGAAAAUAAGAAGGGAUCAAGUUCAAAGAGAAGUUAUGUCUCACCUCAAAUCCCUGCCUAGCAAUCUCUGAUAACCCCGAUUUUAAGGUGAGCUUGGAAUAUACAGACUGCAGGAUCUUUCAAAAGAGGGUUUCUUGCCUUUUGGACCUAUCACUGAAACGUAAGUUUGGCUGCUUCAAGGGAACCAAAACCUCCCAGAUUUUAUUAAUACGCUAACUGCCUGCCUUGUAAUCACUGCAGGACUCUUAUUUAUACAAUAACUCUUAACGUUCAUAAUAAAACUAAAUUCCUACAAAUUAUGUAUAAAUGCAUGACUCAAUUGACACU